AUGGACUGGGUGGCAGUAGACAAGUGCAUGCUCUCGCGGUUGCUGUACCCGAAUCCAGUGUGUUUGCUCUCGGUACUCAGCAGCGAUGGCAAUGACCGCAGCCUCAUGACUAUCACAUGGAUAACGGCCAUCAACAACCAGGGAGGGUUUAUUUGCUCCAUGAAUGCCACUCGAUACACUGCCAAUUUCAUGAACCAAUCGGGAGCCGUCUUUGGCAUGGAGGAGCUUGUUUUGGCAAUUGGCAGUAGUAGUGGGAGCGACGGGGACAAGUUCGAGCAACUCAACAUUCCAAUCUGCGCCCCAGGAGGUGAAGACUUUCAGAAUGUUGCAAAAGACUCCCAUGAAACUGAAGCGCACAAGAAAAAGCAGAAAUUGAAGGAGCUGGCGCGACAGGAAAUUGCAAGCAUUGCAGCUCAAAGUGUCGCUCUUCGGGACUGUGUGGCGCAUCUGUUAUGUCGUGUGGACACAGUGACGGAAGACGACGGUCACUUGCUGCUUCGAUUCCAACAAGCUGCAAUUGGGUGGGGGUUUGCUGCAACGCUCGCAACUUUCAUCGCGUCACCCGGAUCCGGUGCUCACUUGAACCCGGCCGUCACUCUAGCGAUUGCCGUGUCACCUCACAGUGGUUUCCCCAAGCGAAAAGUUCCUGUGUACAUGCUUUUUCAAUUGCUCGGUGCGACAUUCGCCGGAGUUGCCGUGUACCUAAUGUUUGGAUCGGCAAUCCACCGCUUUGAGGACCGGUUGGAGAUUAAUCGGGGAUCUCCGAAUUCUGCCAUCUCAGCUGUUGCCUUUGGGGCCUCAUUCCCGCAUCCACAACUAGUGUAUGUCCAUCGAGCUGUCCGUCAACCUGCGCAACCUACUGGUGUCGCUGCAUUUACGGGCUCAACUGCAUCAGGAGCAAACGAUAAUAACGAUAUUUUGUUGCCCCGAAUGCCUUCGAACCCGUUGGCCUCGCUUUACGUUGGUACAGCUGUGGCAGCAUUGACAAUGGUAAUGACACCACUCACACAGGCGUGUUUGAACCCGGCACGAGACUUUGGACCUCGCAUUGUGGCUGCCAUUGCAGGCUGGGGAGCUGUUGCAUUACCGGGUGACCGACCCGAAUCCUGCUGGAUCUACUUGCUCGGACCAUGCCUAGGCGCAUUGGCCGGCAUGUCACUUCGUUCUGAUACUGUCGUGACAAUGCCGCCCGCCGACAAGAAGAAACACUAUGAGCUGGUGGUGCAGGACGACUUCCUAGUGGUGCUUCACCCUGUACACCCGCUGAGUCUGCAGAUCCCGCGCUUGUCCUCCACAGACGCGUCGCUGGGGCUCAGUGUAGAGCAUGUCGAGGAUAAUCAGCACGUGCACGGCCGACGCAUGGCAUUUGACGCCAUCUACGGCGUGUUUUGGUUGCUGCGCGGGCCGUAUCUGGCUGUAGUGACGCAGUCCAAGGUGGUGGCCAGAGGCGUAAAGGACGCCGAGAUCCGCCUCGUGCAGAAACUCGAGUUGCUGCUUAUUCCGACACAAAACCUGCCGAUACUUACGCCACAACAGGAGCAGGACGAGCGCAUGUACAUCGACAUGAUCUCAAACGACAUUGAGGCUCAGAAACUGCACUUUUCCAAGGACUUUGACCUCACGCACACACUACAGCGAAUUGCUGCGUUUGAUGGCAAAAUCGGCAGCAUCGCGGAGCGUGCGGACGAGCGCUUCUUCUGGAACAAAUCGCUCUGCUUGCCUUUCAUCGAGCAAAAGUUUUUCGAGUGGGUAACGCCGAUGGUGCAGGCUCAUGUGGAGCUGACGGAACAACUCCAAGUGAAGGACAAGUCGUUCCGUAUCUUGUACAUCUCGCGAAGAUCGUGCAAACGCCAGGGAAUGCGCUUCACAAUGCGUGGCAUCGACGACGACGGCAACGUGGCAAACUUCGUCGAGACGGAGCAGAUUUGUCUAUUUGAAGACGGCAAACAGACGUCGUUCGUGCAGAUUCGUGGCUCCAUCCCCGUGUUCUGGAGCUCGCCGGUCACCAUGAAGUACGCGCCCAAAGUGUACCACGCUGGCGACGUGGAGCGCGACGUGGCCGCCUUCCAGAAACACGCGUACGAGUUGAUGGCGCUCUACGGUCGUGUGCUGUUCGUGAAUCUCAUCGACAAGAAGAAGGAACAGCUCAAACUGGGCGAGGCGUUGGCCAAGACGGUGGCCGAGGCUGCCACUAAAGACUCGCACAUUCUCGCCGCUGUGCGUCUCGUGUGGUUCGAUUUCCAUCACGAAUGCCGCAACAUGAAGUGGGUAAACUUGCAGAAGCUGAUUAAACAGGUCGACGAUGACUUCCUUGAUCACGGGUAUUUUUGCAAGAACGCAGAUGGAACUGUCGUGAACAAACAGUCCGGAGUGGUGCGCACCAACUGCAUGGACAACUUAGACCGCACCAACGUCGUCCAGUCGCUCUUUGGUCGACGUAGUUUAAUGUUGCAGCUAAAUGAGACCGAAGCCCUGCAAGGAAAUGUGCUCAGCUCGCCCUUUGAGGACUUCGAACGCACGUUUAAGCGCGUGUGGGGCAACAACGCGGACGCGAUCAGCAUCUUCUACGCCGGCACGGGUGCGCUCAAGACGGACUUUACGCGUACUGGCAAGCGCACCAAGAAGGGGGCGCUUAUGGAUGGCUACAACUCGUGCAUGCGGUACAUCAAGAACAACUUCAUGGACGGAUAUCGACAGGACGUGCUGGAUCUGCUGCUGGGACGCUUCACAGUCUCGCGCAGUAAGCCGUCGCCGUUCCAGACGCAGGGCGAGACGCUCGAAUCCGUGCUGACCAAGAUCAUGGGAGUCGUGUUUGCCUUCUUCCUCGUGGAAACGUACCGUAGUGGCGGCCAGAACUACAUGGUUGAGAGGCUGUUCCGCUCGGUACUGCUCACACUGCUCAUCUGUGUGGGCGUGUUCAGCGUGCUGGUCAAGAAGGGCAACUCUAUCGGCCAGAAGCUCGUGCGGCUGCCGAGUCUGCGUCCUCAGGACGGCUGCAUGACCACCUGGAAGCGCUAGGCGGACGAUUGCUCAGGGAGAUGGUCGCUCUGCAUUUGUGCCACGCUCGCCAGAGUCAGAUGGGAUUUACUGUAGUGCAAAAAAUAUGACUUUGAUCUGAACCA